AUGUCUCCUUCUAAAAUGAAUUGCACAGUAGGAUCUACUUCCGAAGUUGAACAAAAAAUCAGACAAGAAUUGGCUCUAAGUGACGAAGUUACCACCAUAAGACGUAAUGCUCCAGCAGCCGUCUUGUAUGAGGACGGUUUAAAAGAGAAGAAGACUGUCAUUUCAUCGAGUGGUGCGUUGAUCGCUUAUUCUGGUGUUAAAACCGGUAGGUCUCCAAAGGACAAACGUAUUGUCGAAGAACCUACCUCGAAAGACGAAAUCUGGUGGGGUCCUGUCAAUAAACCAUGUUCUGAAAGAACAUGGUCUAUCAAUCGUGAAAGAGCUGCAGAUUAUUUGAGGACAAGAGACCACAUUUAUAUAGUUGAUGCAUUUGCUGGUUGGGAUCCAAAAUACAGAAUCAAAGUCCGUGUUGUUUGUGCGAGGGCUUAUCAUGCGUUAUUUAUGACAAAUAUGCUUAUUAGACCUACUGAAGAAGAACUAGCUCAUUUCGGUGAACCAGAUUUUACCGUUUGGAAUGCUGGCCAAUUCCCGGCCAAUUUGCACACCCAAGAUAUGUCUUCAAAGAGUACCAUAGAAAUCAAUUUCAAAGCAAUGGAAAUGAUCAUUUUGGGUACCGAAUACGCUGGCGAAAUGAAGAAAGGUAUCUUCACGGUUAUGUUUUACUUGAUGCCUGUCCACCAUAACGUUUUAACACUCCACUCUUCCGCCAAUCAGGGUAUUCAAAACGGUGACGUAACUUUGUUCUUUGGCUUAAGUGGUACGGGGAAAACAACUUUAUCUGCAGACCCACAUAGACUGUUAAUCGGUGAUGAUGAACAUUGUUGGUCCGAUCAUGGUGUCUUCAAUAUCGAAGGUGGUUGUUACGCCAAAUGUAUUAACCUGUCUGCUGAAAAAGAACCCGAAAUUUUUGACGCUAUCAAGUUUGGUGCUGUGUUGGAAAAUGUAAAAUAUGACGAGAAAUCGCAUGUUGUUGACUAUGACGAUUCUUCCAUUACUGAAAACACUAGAUGUGCUUACCCAAUUGACUAUAUCCCAAGUGCCAAGAUUCCAUGUUUGGCGGACUCUCAUCCAAAGAAUAUUAUUCUAUUAACUUGCGAUGCUUCGGGAGUUCUACCACCAGUAUCCAAACUGACUCCUGAACAAGUAAUGUAUCAUUUCAUUUCCGGUUACACUUCAAAAAUGGCUGGAACAGAGCAAGGCGUCACUGAACCUGAACCAACAUUUUCUUCCUGUUUCGGUCAACCCUUCUUAGCUUUGCACCCAAUUAGAUACGCUACUAUGCUUGCAGCCAAGAUGUCUCAACACAAGGCUAAUGCAUACUUAAUCAACACAGGUUGGACUGGUUCUUCUUAUGUAUCUGGUGGUAAACGUUGCCCAUUAAAGUACACAAGAGCCAUAUUGGAUUCUAUUCAUGAUGGUUCAUUGGCCAAUGAAACAUAUGAAUCUUUGCCAAUUUUUAACUUGCAAGUGCCUACCAAGGUUAAAGGUGUUCCAGCUGAGCUAUUGAAUCCUGCUAAAAACUGGUCUCAAGGUGAAACUAAGUACAAGGGUGCCGUUACUAGUUUAGCUACUCUGUUUGUUGAAAAUUUCAAGAUUUACCAAGACAGAGCUACUCCAGAUGUUUUAGCGGCUGGUCCUCAAUUCAACUAG